AUGCGUCAUCACGUCCCAUGCCGCCGUUGCCGCGCGAGUUCCUUGCUCGCACGCCGAGCCGUGCUGCCCCGGAAGCGGAAAUCAACCCACCGGAAGAAGUGUCUUGUGUGGACAAAGGAAGAGAGCUGCUGGUCGCUGCCACCACGGGGUCGGGCCGUCUCUUGCGUGAGUGGAGAGCAGCCCGCGGCUCCCUCUAUAACUUUCGCUGGGCGUAAGGAAUAUCUUCCGGACGCCGUUCGAGCACAGCAAAGAGAUUUUCAGUUAGGAAACCGCGCAGACUUUGAUGUGAAUGUUCCUGCUUUUACCACAUACCGAACACCACCAAGAUUCACAUAUCAACAAAAGUAUUCACCGCAGCCCUAUUCAUUUCACCCUCCUCGGCCAAGUUAUCAGCCACGACCUCGGCCAAGUUAUCAGCCACGUCCUCAGCCUAUUUAUCCUGGACGUACUGUUACCAACUUGUCAGAUAACUUUAAGCAACUCUCUGUAUCCUCCACUCCUCUUGAAAAAGAUUUACUGAGGGUCCUAAGAGAGUUAAGAGGUGAAUCCUGCACAGCGAAACAUUUGUCCAGGCUCCUCCACGUGGAAAAAAAGAACAUAAAUCAUCAUCUCUACAUUUUAUUUAAGAGGGGUGUGGUCCACAGGGAAGGUGAGACACCACCGUACUGGAGUUUAGUAAAUAGUGGUGGCUAUCCUACACAGUGUCAAAUUGACAAAGUCCGCCAUCAAGGGGAAAACCAAGACGCUAAGAAAGAGGGUUCAUCCUUUGGAUCAAAUUCCUCCACUUUCACUAUGUCUCUUGAACAAAUUGCUGAGUGGAAGGAAAAAAUACUUGAAUACUUGUAUCAACAUCCAGCAUCAACUCCAGUUAACAUCAGGAAAAAUGUGGGCAUCGCUAAAGCUCCAGAACUUAACCAGAUCCUAAAUAAUUUGGAGAAACAAGGAGAUGUCUGCAGGCAAGGAAUAAACCCGCCAAAAUGGUCUCUUUCAGAUAAAAAACGUGAAAGAAUCUUGCUUAAAAAAAAAGCAAUAGAGCUGCGGGAGUCACAAGUUUUCCCGCAAGAAGAGCGAGAGACUUCAGUAGUACCUGAAGUGAUGGCAGAUGAGGAGAUAAAAGGAGAGAAUGGACAACAAGGCACAACAAUCGACUGUGCCGGUGGUGAGAUGAUUACAGAGACCACAGAGAACGAAGGUGACCACACACUUCCUGCUGAUAUUCCUACUGAUGAACCACCUAGGAAACGGGCCAAAGGCAUGGAAUUUGAUGACUACGAGAACGGCAAAUGGAUUCUUGAUGAUAUUCCAGAUAGCCUCAAUACAAUAAAAAGAAAUUCAGAGAUUCGUUUGGGUGGUGCAGAAGGUGACAUGAUUUCACAGUAUUACGAGCCCCCCAAAGAGAUGUCCCGUUUGGAGAAAUUACAAGCUUGCCAAGAAAAGAACCCGGUCAGCGGUCUCUUGGAAUUCACACACUUCUGCUCCCAGCAAUGCGACUUUAUUCUUCUUGAACAAAGUGGACCCUCACAUGAUCCCAGGUUUAAAAUCCAAGCAGUAAUCAAUGGCCGGCGGUUCCCACCAGCUGAAGCCAGCAACAAGAAAAAUGCCAAGAAGGACGCAGCUUCUCUCGCCCUGCGGAUUCUUCUGCGUGAGGAACAAGGAGGAACAGAAGAGGAAGUCCUGUCUGAGAAGUCUGAGGUUCGGGAAACACAGGACGACGUGAAACCUGUAUCGCAGACCCCUGCCGUUUGUGGUAAAAACCCUAUAAGCGUCCUCAUGGAACAUGGCCAGAAGUCUGGGAAUGUAUGCGAGUUUCUACUCUUGUCACAAGAAGGUCCACCCCAUGACCCCAAAUUCACCUAUGCUGUAAGAAUCGGUAAGCAGUCAUUCCCUCAGGUGACGGCCAGCAGCAAAAAAAUUGCAAAGCAACUAGCUGCGGAGGCAGCUGUUAAACAGCUUCUUGGAGAAUCUGCCUUGCAGCCAGAGAAGGCUGAACCAGUUUCCGACGGCUCCGAAUUUGUUCCAGCCCCAGAGCUUUCAACGGAAGAUAUAAAAAUGGCCCAGGGAUCUGGCGUACGGGACUUCAUCAAAUAUCUAAAUGCCAACCCAGUAAGUGGCCUUUUGGAGUAUUCUCGCGCCAAAGGCUUUGCUGCAGAGUUCAAGAUGGUCAGCCAGACUGGGCCUCCUCACGAUCCCAAGUUUGUUUUUCAAGCAAAGGUCGGGGGGCGAUGGUUCCCGCCUGUUACGGCAUCCAACAAAAAACAGGCUAAAGCUGAGGCAGCCGAUGCUGCUCUGAGAGUACUGAUUGGUGAGGGUGAAAAGGCCAUCCGUGAAGGGGAGAACAUAACGGAGCUUCCUGUAAGUGGCAGCACAAUUCAUGAUCAGAUUGCCAUGCUCAGUCAUCAGAAAUUUAACAGCUUGACUGCAAGGAUCCAAAACAGCCUGCUUGGGAGAAAGAUCCUUGCCGCGAUCAUCAUGAGAAAGAGCAGCAGCGAUCUGGGGACUGUAGUCAGCAUCGGAACAGGAAACCGCUGCGUAAAGGGAGAGGAACUAAGUUUGAGAGGAGAGACAGUGAACGAUUGCCAUGCUGAGGUUAUUUCUCGCAGGGGAUUUAUAAGGUUUUUGUACAACCAGUUAAUAAAAUAUAACCCAGAUAUUCCAGAUGAGAGUAUAUUUGAGGAGUCAGAAGGACAGCUUUUGAGAAUUCGGCCUGAAAUAACCUUUCACCUUUACAUCAGUACCGCUCCCUGUGGAGAUGGAGCACUCUUUGACAAGUCCUGCAGUGAUCAACCCUGUGCAGAUGGUGACAGCAAGCACUACCCGCUUUUUGAAAACCCAAAACAGGGCAAGCUGAGAACGAAAGUUGAAAAUGGAGAAGGCACGAUUCCUGUAGAAUCAAGUGAUAUUGUUCCCACUUGGGAUGGAAUCCAGCAUGGAGAGAGACUUCGCACCAUGUCUUGCAGCGAUAAGAUCUUGCGUUGGAAUGUCCUGGGUUUGCAAGGAGCAGUUCUCACCCACUUCAUAGAGCCAGUGUACCUUAGCUCACUCACACUUGGAUACCUGUUUAGCCAAGGGCAUCUCACGAGAGCAAUCUGCUGCCGCAUGACUCGCGACGGCUCUACCUUUCAGGAGCAGCUGCCGGAUAUGUUCAUUGUGAAUCACCCAGAGGUUGGACGGGUCAGUGUCUAUGAUUCCCACCGGCAGACAGGAAAGACCAAGGAAUCGAGUGUGAACUGGUGCCUCGCUGAUGAGGAGGUUGAAGUGCUGGAUGGGACAAAGGGAAAAGUGGAGGGGGCCAAAAUGGACAUCUCCCGCGUAUCCAAGCUUCACAUGUUUAAUCUAUUUCAAGAACUCUGCAAGAGGCGCCAGCGUGAAGAUCUUUUGACGUGCAGCUCGUACAGCGAUAUAAAAAACGCUGCACAGGUUUAUCAGGAGGCCAAAGGACAGUUCUUUAAAGCGCUCCAAAGUAUGGGAUACGGGAACUGGAUCAGCAAACCACAGGAGGAAAAGAGCUUUACUCUGACAGCAAAUUAAGUUUAAUACAUUUUCUGAAUGUUACCAGUUAUGCACUGAGUAUGUGUGUUAAGUGGCUGUUCCCUGCAAAAAAAACAAACUAUCCAUGACCAGUUUCUUGAUGGGACCUCCACCGUUCCACAAAACCCUUUGUCUUUGUUAAACAUUUAAUAACUUGGCCAUGGGGAACCAACAUUUUAAAUUCCAUAUCGUCUGAAUUUGAAUGAAAUCUCAGAUUACCAAAAAAAACUACUAUUUUUUUUUUCUGCAGCCCAGAAUCCAUGGUCCUUAUUAUUUUAUGUCUGUAUUAAAUUUGUUGAGAAAUAUGUCCUAUUAUGUGCAGUUUACAUUGAGCCUUUACUGCUGUCAAAUGAUUUUGUAGUGAAUGCUUGACAUGGACAUUCAAUCAGUUGUGUAGAUUGUGUUCUUUUAUAAUUUUAAAUAGUUUCUGAACAUCCAGUUGAACAGAUCUUUUUUUCUUUUUGCACUCUCCCCAUUGUGUCUAGAAUAAAGUUGAUCUGUAAUUUCAAA